GUAAGAGCCUGGGGCUGUGCAAGGUUGUUUCCUCCUUUAUACCUAGUCACACAUUACCGGAACCUUGUACUGUCAAGAUAAGCAAUCUCUUAUGUAGUAUUGAUGAUGCCAGAAGCUUUUCUGCGAGUGUUAGUGGUGGCUCUGGGUCUCCUGGUGUGUCCACAGGACGAUCCCGGGGUUGAAGAAUGGGAAGACAUCGUCACCACGAGUAAUCAAAAGCCUGAAGAGAGGCUACUGAGAGGAGACGAGGAACUAAACCAAGUAAAGUCAUCUGUCAGCAACAAAGGGCCUCAGGAUGGUUUAGAUGACUUUCCUGAAGAAGAGCAGCGUAAGUCUGAUCAGCAUCCUGCUGAGAAAGAUAAGAUGUUAGACUUAAAAAUCACUGAACAAGAAUCAGAAGAGGACAACGCUGAUCACAGUUUACCAGAGGGACAGUUCACUAAUAAACCAGGCUCAAGUCUGUCAGAAAAACAUGACAGUGAACUUGAGACUGAUAUGAAAACUUCCCAAAUCACCCAUGUGCAAAGUGGAAAAGACAUCCUGACUGAGAGCUCGGCUGAAGAGCCUGGAAGACCACAGGAUAAAGACAGGAAGCCUAAAGAGGUAGAAACGUCCCAGCAACAAGAUUCACCUCCUUCACAUGUUGACACCAAGACAACAGAAAAUGAGACUUCAGAGAAGGCAGCUUCAGGGUGGGAGAGGGAUUACCUCUGGUACAUUUGGAACACAUUCUCUGUCCUUUCCAUGAUCCGCUUCUUUAGGAAAUACCUGACCAGAAAUUCCCACACGAACAUAAAGGGAACCAGGUCCCUCCCCAUGAUCUGUACUGCUGCUGAGGUGUCGCUGCCUGACGUGAAAACUCUGUUGCAGUUUCAUGCUAAAUGUGUUCAAGUCUCAUCAGAGAAGAAAUGGAGGGAGGAUGAAUUUUUGGAAGGAUUCGCAAAUGACCUCUUAGAUGCCAUGAAGACCAUCUGUGAUAAAGAUGGCAGUAUGGUGAUUGAGGGCGUCCAGAUGGUGAAUACAUGUGACAUCAUCGUUCAUUUUACUCCACCUGAGCCUUACAGGUUUCAGUGUCUGCUCUGGAACAAUAGGGCAAGUGAUCUGCUGUUGGAAAUGCAAGUUUGUGGUCAAAUCAAACUUGUGGAACAUGAGAAAAUCCAAAAUGACUGCCCCUGUCAGUCCUCUGAUGCAGACGAUGAUAUGGUUUGCCUGCUGCAUUGUGAAACUGAGAAAGUAAAGGCAAAAACAGCUGAUGCUUGUGAUGGCCCUCUGUGUUCUAAGAACACACCAUUCCUGUCAAAAUCACAGGUUACCAGAUGGUUUCAGAGCACUAUCAGACAAGCAUGGGCACUGAUUUCACAUAAGUACGAGUUUGAGCUCAACAUUCGCUACAUUGAGGGUCCAGGUGCUCUGGUCAUUCGAUUCAGAUCGGGGAAGAUGAUUAGCUUCAGUAUGAACCCAGUGGUUAAAUAUCACACUGAUGCCCAUUUCUUUAUUUCCCCCUGGUCCUCCAAGGAAUUUGAUACUUUUUGGACACUCUCACUGACCAGCUAUGAAAAGCAGCUUUUAGAAUAUCUCAGUAAACGCCUCCCUGAAAACUCCUGCCACAAUCAAACUCUUGAAAUUGCACUUUUCCUUCACAAGAGACAGAUGGCAUUUUCAGGAAGUACGGCACUGAAGGAUUUUCACUUCAAAACUGCACUAAUGCACCUGCUUCUGAGCACAAAACCAUCACAGUGGGAAGAAAAAUGUGUGGUUUCCAGGCUACGAGACCUGCUGGUGUUCUUGGAGAGAAGCCUUGAGAAGAAGCUGCUGAACCAUGUUCUUAUAGGAAAUCCUUUAACUGAAGUUAUUGGAGUUUCCAGGGAGUUCACCAAAGCAAAGAUGGUGAAUCUUUUUCAUCCCCUUGUGGUGCAUAACUGUAUAUACAAAAAUGCUGUCAUGCAUUUCCAGGAGAUGCUUAGAAAUGCACACAUGCUGAUUCAUGAUUAUGUCGUUCAAUGCUGCAACAUUCCCAGCUCUUCCACUUAAAAAAAAAACAAAAAUCUGUAGUUUUGAUUUAAGUAUUUUCUUUAAAAUAAUUUAUAUGGCAAACAUUCAAGUUGUGGUCUGAUCAUGAGAUAACGGCAUACUGAUCCAAUAAAGGAGUCCCCCAAACUGAAGCAAUUAAUUUAUUGUAAAAUUCUGAUUACAUCUUAGCCACGGACAUGGUCGUGGAUUCCGUAUGCUCUUCCAUAUGCGGAUCCUCCAAGCUGACCUUUUCAGCAUGUGUGGUUUUCAUCUGAGGGUCUGCUUCCUGAUAUUCAUCUUCACUGCUAAAGUCAACCUUCCAAGGGUGACUGGAGAUUAUAUCCUCGGAUGCAGCUGAAAUGAAAAAUGUUGAAUUCCAAACUUUUAUUUGCUCAGAAAUAAAUAAUCACUUUGGAUUUGUACUGGAUUUGUUGAACUGUAAAAAUGAGUCUUGUGCCACACAGAGGGUUGUGUCAACUAUUGCAUUUAUAAACAGUUAAAGCUGCAUCUUCCUUCCGUUAUGUGGAAAUGAAACCAUGUGUGAACUUACUCUUUGGUUUUGCUGAUGAACAUGUUGAUUCACAGCAUUUGCAAACAGAGUCUUUACCGUACAGCUCCUUCCACCUAAAGCAUGAACAUUAUCAAGUUAAAUCAGGUCAUUGUGUACACACAUGCAACACCCAAAAAAGUUUGCCUCAGGCAUGUUUUAGCAUGUCUCAACUCACUUGUGGGUUGCAUGAUCAUAAUUGCAGGCCUUUGAGCUUUCACUUGGAGUAAGUGGCCCCACAGACAUCUUGCAGUGCAUGUAGAAUCGCUUAGUAGAAUUUUAGUGUUUACAUAAAUAUCCCGUUUGACAGCAUGUAGCUCUUUAAUUGUUGGCUUACCUGUGGC